AUGAAGAGAGUCAUAAUUUUUAUAUUGUUUGUAACUGCUGUGAGAUCAGCUGAAGAAAAUGAAACACGAGUUGAAAGUGUCAAUGACAGUGUUAAAGAUUCAAAUGAAACUGAAACGAUAAAGAAUGAAAUUCUUGUUGAAACUUCCGACAUGAAACCAGCUUCAACAUUGUACACGACCAAAGUUCCAGAAUCAACAACAGAACAAAUUACUGAAUCAACUACACAAAAUGAUGUUACACAAAGCAUAUCAGAGUCAGCAACAUCAACAGUCGUUCUCAUUACACGACCAACAGACUCCUCUGAAUCAACAGAAGAAUCUUCAGAAGAAGAAUCUGAAAAUGUGUCGAUUCAAAAUUUUCAAAAUAUUCUUCCACCAUCGAAUGACAAACCAAAACGUAAAGUUUUGUAUGUAAAUCAACAACAGCAUGGAAAGCUCAACGUUCAUUUAGAACUUAGCGAUGUUAGUGUCAUUGUCAUUCCGAACCAAAAAGAUCCACAAGUCUCGUUACUUAAUCUUCUUCUGAAAUCAGCUCAGAAAUCAAAACUUCAAGAAAAUGAACAAAAAAUCAAAGAAGAAGGAGAAUCACUUAAAUCUCCAUCUGUAGAAACUUAUCAUGAUGAUUACUCAAAGUACAAGCAGACAAUUCGACAUUCGGAUGAAAGUUAUCAACCAAAACCUUCAAUUCCACUCAUUGAGUCACGCGCACCAUAUAAAGUUGAUAUCUCAAGUUCACUAACAGGUCAACAAUCUCAACAACCCGCAGUUGAAGUCAUUCCGAAUGCAAGCUUCUCACGAAGUCCAAUUAUGAAAUUAUUACAGCCAAUUCCAGUUGCUAUUCAACAUGUUCAACCAGGUUUGAUUAACAGAAGAUUCCGUCGAUCAAUCGAUACAAAUAUUAUCGGUCUCAAUCCAGGAUAUCUUAGUGAUGAUGGAAACUACGGUAAUUACAAUGAAGACGAAUACAGUGAGUUCAACACAAUUUACAAUGAAGACUUAAAUGUCGUUGAUUCCAACGAUGGAUCAGAGUUUGUUCUCCUAGGCGCAACAGAAAACUGCGGGCCGGGUAGAAAGCGCAAUUCUUAUCAAAUAUGCGUAGCCGUUGACGACAUGAAAUAG